AGAUGGAUAUCUCCGAAAUCGUGGAUAUCCGACUCUUGUCUAGAGAGAUCCUAAAUAGGACCUAUACUUACAUACGUAAGUAUAGACGCAUAGAGAGUGACUUUUUUGCCACUAGCUUUUGCUUUUAUCAAUCAUCAUCACCACCACCACCGUAACUUUCCAUCCCUCUCUCUUCUGUUGAAUGGAUUCGAGCCGUUAGAUCUACCGGAGAAUGAAAAGUAUGUCGUCAGAGGAAGACAACGGCAGCUCCUCCGAGAGAUGCGGGAGCUACAGCCCCAGCGCCGACAUUAGCGAGUCGGAGAGUUCAAGCAGCUUCACUUGCCGACGCUUUGACGGCGAAGGAGCCUCCAGCUCGAUUACUUCAUCGCCCCGACCCGUCACGCGCGGCGGUGGAAGAGGUUUCUAUUUUCCGGCGCCCGUAAUGCUACCGGUGAUCGGUGGCAAGGAUGUGGUUGUUUGGAAUGAUAAGUUGGAGAAACGGGAAAACGAUUUGUCCGAAAUUGAGAUGAUGAAGGAGAGAUUCGCUAAGCUUCUUUUAGGAGAGGACAUGUCAGGAGGAGGAAAAGGGGUUUGUACCGCACUUGCCAUAUCCAAUGCGAUCACCAAUCUCUCUGCAACUGUGUUUGGCGAACUAUGGAGGCUAGAGCCGCUUGCUCCCCAGAAGAAGGCAAUGUGGCGUAGAGAACUGGAGUGGUUACUCUGUGUUAGUGAUUCCAUCGUGGAGCUUGUUCCUUCGAUACAGCAAUUCCCUGGCGGAGGGACGUACGAGAUCAUGGAGACUCGGCCUCGAUCCGAUCUCUACAUGAAUCUUCCUGCCCUGAAGAAGCUUGAUGCAAUGUUGAUUGGUAUGCUUGAAGGGUUUUCUGAUACGGAGUUUUGGUAUGUCGAUCGUGGCGUAGUUCUAGGAGAGGGUGAGCGGGAUUCGUAUAGUUCUCCGGUUACCAGUGGCCGGCCUUCAGUUAGGCAGGAAGAAAAGUGGUGGCUUCCUUGUCCAAAGGUUCCAUCUAAUGGGUUGUCUGAGGAGUCACGGAAGAAGCUGCAACAGUGUCGGGAUUGUGCUAACCAGAUUCUGAAGGCUGCCUUGGCAAUUAACAGCAGUGUGCUCGCGGAAAUGGAGAUACCCGACGUUUACUUGGAGGCACUGCCCAAGAGAGAAAAGGAGUGUCUUGGAGAUAUUAUCUACCAGUACAUAACUGCAGACCAAUUUUCACCAGAAUGUCUGCUGGACUGUCUCGAUCUGUCAUCAGAACAUCAGACUCUUGAAGUUGCAAACAGAGUAGAGGCUGCUGUGCAUAUCUGGAAAUGGAGAAAUGAGAGGAGACACAAGAAGCAUGCAAAACCCAAGCAGUCAUCGUGGAGAGGCAAGGUCCGAGGCUUUGUCAAUGACGCUGAUAAGAAUGACUGUCUUUCGCAGAGAGCUGAAACCCUCUUGCAGAGCCUGAGGCACCGCUUCCCGGGCCUUCCUCAGACCACACUUGACAUGAACAAGAUUCAGUACAACAAGGAUGUAGGGCAAGCGAUACUAGAGAGUUACUCGAGGGUAAUGGAGAGCCUGGCGUUCAACAUAACUGCCAGAAUAGAUGAUGUGAUGUAUGUGGAUGAUGUAACAAGACAGUCGGUGUCUGCAACGGAGUCGUUGUCCCUCUUCAGCAUCAGCGGCCGGCCUGUCCAGAAACGCAUCAUGUCACCGAUACCCAAUGCCUCUGAGUUUGCUACUCCAUCUCUCAGUCCGAUUUCCAGGAGCCCGAGAAGAGCUCCGGCGCUGAGGAGGAAUGGCAUCAGAGAGGCAACGGGGGAGGAUGAGUGGAAGACUUAUGCUGGGAAUUUGAGUUCAAGAAGAGUUAUGGGAGUGACACCUGAGAGAGAUUGACAUGUCGUUUUCUUGUAAAUUCCUGAGAGUAGCCCUAGGAGUUGUUUUGUUUCAUGCUGUCAAAGUCUGAGGAGGACAAAUAUUACGUUGAAUCGUCGCAUUAGAUAUUUUCACUAUCGGAAUUGUCGUCUGAAUUAA